AUGCACGUCAAGCUCGAAUCAAGCUCCCAAGACCCGUCCUCCUCGUCUCCCAUCUUCGUCCUCACCCUCCCUGAAUACGAAAUCCGCGUCCACCCCCGCCAGCCCACAUGCCAAAACUGCGACCAGCCCGCCAUUCGCAAGCUGGCCAGCCCUCUGAACACGAACAACGCCGGCCGUCCCUACUACAUCUGUCCAUCUUGCCCAUGGGAUUUUCGAUGGGUGUGCUGGGCAGAUACCAAAGGCAUGGCCAUGGAAAAUCCACCAUGUGAUUGUGACUUGCCCUCCAGGCUGGACAUCAUUGGCCAGCAUAAGGGCGAAAAGGCUGGUAGGGCGUUCUGGACUUGUGUGACGGGAAAUUGUGGGUAUUACUCAGAGACUAUGGACGGCACGCGCGGGGUGAGCGACGACGGAGGGUUCUACCCAUAG